AUGAAUUGUAUAAUAAGAAUUGAUGAGUUAGGAUUGAUCAAUUAAAUAAUAAUUAAAUAUAUGAGACAUGAUUUUUUCCUUGAAAAAGACAUCACAAUCUUAGAAAAGAUUGGGGAAGGAGCCUUUGGUUAAGUGUAUAAGGGAUUAUAUAAGUAAGAAGAAGUGGCAAUAAAGGUAAGAUUAGUUAAAUUGUUUAGUUCAUGUAAGGUGCAUAAAUUUAAGAAACAUCAAUUAUGGAAAGUCUCAAGCACAAAAACAUUAUAAAAUUAUAUUAAGUUGUCAAAUUUAAAUAUAGUUUUAGUAUUAUAAACAUGGAAAUUGCUAGUAUUUAGUGAUGGAAUAUGCAGCUGGAGGCUCAUUAAAUGAGUUGAUGAAAAAAAGUUUAGAAGAGUCAAUUAUCAGUUAGAUUAUGCAUUCUAUUUUUGAAGGAAUCUAAUAUCUUCAUUCUAAGUAGAUUAUACAUCGAGAUAUUAAGCCUGGUAUUAUGAUAUAUAACAAAAUUAGAUAAUAUCUUAAUUAAAAAUACAGAGGAUCUUUCUAGUAUUAAAAUUGCUGACUUUGGUUUAAGUUAUUAAUACAAACCUGAGAUUCGUUAUUAUUAGACUGUUUCAUAAUAAUGUGGAACCUUUAUAUAUAUGGCACCUGAAUAAAUUUUAAAUAAAGCAUAUAAUAAAGCUGUUGAUAUGUGGUCAUGUGGUAUUGUACUUUAUAUGCUUCUAAAUCAAGGAAAACAUCCUUUUUAUCCUAGAAUAUUUACUAAAAAAGAAUUCAUUAACAGUUUCCCUGAUUUAAAAUAUGAACAACCUUUACAUGCAUCUCCACUUGCAAGAGAUCUCUUAUAUAGAUUGUUAUAAUUUGAUUAAGACUCUCGAUAUACAGCAUCUUAAGCAUUAGUUCAUCCAUGGAUUACUCGAAAAUUUAAUGAUCCUAUUCCUAUGAGUGUUAAACAAUUCGGAAUAUGUUAAGAAUUAAAAAAAAAAGUAUUUUUUUUUAAUUAUAAUAGAUAUUUUAAUAAUUAUAAUCUAUUUUGUUUAUAAUUUAAUUACAACGAAGAUCAAUCAAACAAUCUCCAAUUUAAUCUAGAAGAGAUCUUACUGA